UUCCCGUCACUUCAAUUGCACUUCGAUUGUCCUUGAAGCGAGCCAAGCCCGUCACGAAGCGACCCAAACCCUGAUCCGUUUACGAUCGGACACCUGUAUACGCUUGACUGGUCAGCUAGAUUUUGGGUUACCUGAUAGAGAGAGAGAGAGAGAGAGAGUGAGAGAGAGAGCGAGAGAGAGAGAGAGAGAAAAGCCAUUUUGAGCUUCAGCCAAUGAGAUCAAAGCAUUUAGACCUACUACUAUUGCAAGUCGGCAAACAUCAACAACUUGCUGUCUUAGGGAUUGUCAGUUUCACGCUGUCUCUGUUGGAGCGUACUCUUCACCCUCCUAAUUUCUGACUUAAUAGUAAAAUGUUAUUGUUACGAAACGAUUGGAUUAUUGCAAUACUCUGUCGAUCGAUCCAUUAAUUCAGAAUCGUACUGUUUUUAUAAAGAAGAGUUAACACGAUUUAGAAUACAAUAUGGGUAGCACAAAACUAUAUCUGUCAAUAACAGUUGUUUGCUUGAUUAUCAUAGAAAUCUGGCAUUGCAAUGCUGCGUUAGAGAAUUUGGAAUCUAGUGAAAAGUGUGUGAACAUUUACAAGUGUGAGCCAGUGUUGAGACUUAUGAGAGUGCCGAUGGUCAGAAAGAAGAUUUGGAGACAAGUAGCGCGGGCACAUUGCGGAUUUGAAGGCAACGAUCACAAAGUUUACUGCGACGUAGAAAAAAUAAUCCGCAGGCCAGAGCGUUUCGAGGUAGUAUUGGACGCUCACUCGGUAAACGACAUGCCGACAGCCACUCCACCUGCGCCCGUCGAUCCUCUCUCAAGUUCCACUGACAAGCACCCGAACUUUCGACUACUCGAUCAUGAUAUUUGCGGUCCCGUGCCGCAAAAUUACAGAGAGCAGGCAAUCACGAGGAUAAUUGGUGGCAAAGAAGCUGAGAUCGAUGAAUUUCCUUGGAUGGCUUUGCUCAUUUAUCGCGAAAAUUAUUACCGUAACAAUAAAAUUCAAUUUCGAUGUGGUGGCACAGUUAUCAACCGCAACCACGUUAUGACAGCUGCGCAUUGCGUCACUCACUUGCACAUCAAUAUCAAACUGAGUGGCGUGAGGGUAGGCGAGUAUGAUCUGAGCAGUGAACGAGAUUGCAAGAACGGCAUUAAGUGCAAUUAUAAGCACGAAGAUUUUAAGAUCGAUGAAGUUUACCCCCACCCAGAUUACUCGAACGAAAAUUAUCACAACGACAUUGCCAUUAUAAGGCUGAAAGGCUCAAUUGACUUUAAGCGAACGCACAUCCGACCAAUCUGUCUACCCAUAGAUAAGGCGGAAGUUUUGCCGAUGCAAGGAAUCGUGACAGGUUGGGGUUCACUGGGAGAUGACUCGCCGAAUAGUCGAGUGUUACAAAAGGUCACCUUACCAAUUGUGUCUUUGGAAAAAUGCCAGAUUCUCUAUAGUGACGUGAUAAAAAUCGGUUAUAAGCAAUUCUGUGCGGGAGGAUACAGAGGCAUGGAUUCUUGCAGCGGAGAUAGCGGGGGUCCCUUACAGGUUGUCUCCCUAUACAGAGGCAGUUUCAGAAUGGUUCAACGAGGAAUCGUCAGUUACGGAAGAAGUACUUGCGGCUUGGAGGACUCGCCCGGCGUGUACACUAGUGUAGCUGAUUACAUGCAUUGGAUUUUGAAUACGAUCAGAGCCUAACUGGAUCACGACACAUUUGUGUGGUGAAAUGACGGUGGCUUUUGAGUUGCAUAACUGUUGUUGUCCAGCGGAAUGACGUCAAAUCUAUAAAAUUACUUUUUAUGGACUUUGUAAAUACUGUAUCUAGUAUUGGAAUGUAGUGUGUGUCGUAGCGUCAGCGAGUGUACGAACAGUCAUAACUUUUUAUUGUCAGAGAAUUUUAAAACGCGCGUGCUCCCAUUUUAAAGUUGCGGCUCUUUAAACUGAGCCAUCAUAAAAUCAGUUUGAUAAUAUCUAUAACCCAACUCAUCACCGUUUGAAUCAAACUACUUUGAGAAAAAAGAAAAGAAAGGAUUUUAGAGAAUUAACUCAAGUAUUAUGAAAUUUUAAUCUAGAAGCUACAAAAAUUUUUAAAUGAAACGUUAUUAUUAAUUCAA